AUGUCUUAUCAAGGUCAUUGCAAUUGCCAGAGUGUUCGCAUCACUCUUCCCCAACAACCUCCGAGCUCAGCUGUUUGCCACUGUUUUGCGAAUGUAGCGAUUGUUGCAAGCGAUCCGGUGGCGGUCGUCAGUUCAUUCCGUGAGGCUGAGCAACAAUCAUUCUCCGUCAACUACCUUAUCUAUGAGGAUGAAUUGACCGUCGACGAUCCGAAUGCGAUAUUGAAAAGCUACGAGGACAAGUACUGUGGGGACAAGGAGUGUGUCGGUGGCACUGCUGUUCAGCGUUAUUUCUGCUCCAGCUGUGGCAGCCCAGUGUAUACCAAGAACUACAAGGCCCCCGGGAAAGUCUUUCUGAAGGCUACCUUGUUUGACAGCGUUCCUCCUCCUAAGACCGAGGUUUUUAUCAAUAAGCAAUACCAGUGGCCAUGCUGUCAUCACCAGGCUGGGAUUACUUGUGAAAAUAUGACAGAAGUCCAUCCUCAAACUUCUGGUCCUAGACGACCAUCCGGUAUCAUUUUGCGUAACAUCCGACCGCGCAACAACGACAACAACUUGGAUUCCCACGAAGCGCACGAGCUCCAACAGCUCCAAACACAUGAGGACAAUGAGCUAGACUACUCAACACCGUCUGCUUCAUCCGGUGAUGAAUAUCGUGUUGUAACGCGCCGAACCACAUCACGCGCUCUCGCAUUGCGUGCCGAUGCGCAACGCCGCCGACAAGCUCGAAAGGGGCCUUGGGGAAAGCUCAUUCGGAUUUGGACGCACAAUGUUACUCUAACUGUUCCACAUAAGAGUAGUCGAGAUUACUUCGCUUUGGAGAGAACAUUCCUCGCGUAUAUCCGGACCUCCAUCGCCGUCACCCAGCAAGGCGUGCUGAUCGCGCAGCUUUUUCGUCUGCAGGCGGCGGAUGCGUUGGCGGACCGUCUUGGAUUUCGUCAGGUUGGUACACCCCUCUCGGUCGCGUGUUACUGUGUGGCUAUUCUCGUGGCUUUGGUUGGAGCCUAUCGAUUUUGGAGGCAGCAGAGUGCUAUUGCUAGGGGUAAGAUCUAUGCUGGAGGAUGGGAAUUGAACACUGUGGGGAUAUUAAUGGGUUGUAUCACCCUAACGGUGUUGAUUGUGUCCACUGCUAUCAUAAUUGAGCUUGAUAUAGGCUCAUCUGUAUUUGUUCGACAAAUAUUGGGCAGGUGA